AGUAGCACUACAACAAAUAUAGGUAUUCAUAGCAGAUUAAGAUAGCACAAUUUUCCUAACUGCUAUGGAAAGGUAUUUGGAAGUCUGCCUCGCAAAGUUAUAGCACUUUACUUAUGCUAUGCCGAAAAUUCGGUAAAGUGAAAAAAAAAACUCACUAAUCACCCAAGUUUUUAGAAUAAGCGCCAACACUUAGUGAAAAAAAUGGAUUUAGGCGGUAUGUUUUAAGAACAUAUACUUUUCAUAGCAUUAAAAAAAAAAAAGAAAGGGAUCGGAUUUACUUACCUCGUUCUCUCCGUCUUCCCUUUCUUCUCCACCUCCAUCGAGCUCAAAGCUCUAUCCACCAUCUCCGACUCGUUUCUCCAUCUUCCCUUCCUCUCUACAUCCUCUCUCCACCAUCUACGACUCCAUCGCCCACCAACCCUUCCUCCCCACAUCAUCUCUCCACCAUCUCCGCCGCGUUUUCUCCAUCUUCCAUUCCUCUCCACAACCUCUCUCCACCAUCUCCGCCUCGAUCUCUCAUCUUUCACCAUCCGUAAUCUCGUCGCUCAUCCUAACAGAGUAUACAAUUGGAUUCAGCCAUCAUCAUCUCCAAUUUCAAAUCCGAGACUCUAAUUUAAGAGUGAGGUCUUAAAUUCAAUUGAUCCAAGUUGUGCAUGUAUAUAGGUCUUAGUUUUGAUUGAUUGAAGUUGUGAAAGUAAAUAGGUGUUAGAUUCGAUUGAUUCAAGUUCUGAUUAAUUUCAUUGUUAUCGGUUCAUAUUUGUUUCCAUUAAUCAGUUCUUUUUUUGUUUUGCAGGUGCGGGUUCGUGACUUCACAAGCUUGCGUCUUCUAUAUUCUGUCGAGUUUGUUGCAGGAAAGCCAUGGCUAAAGGAAAAAGGGGAUCAAAGAAAAGGAAGAUGAUUGUGCACGAUGAUGAGCCUGAAUUUAUCCGCACCAUAUAUACUAAAGAAACGCAAGAUGAGAAGCAGAUAGAGGGAUCACAGCCUGAAGACACACAGCCGGAAGUGCAGCCUUGGGACACACAGCAGGAGAUUCCGCCUCUGGACACACAGCCGAAUAUGCAGCCUUGGGACACACAGCAAGAGAUUCCGCCUCUGGAAACACAGCAGGAAUCGCAGCCUCAAGACACACAAGAGAAAGAAUCCGAAGGUGCAAAGGCUCAUGUCGAUGGUGCUAAGUCUACUGAUGAGGGUACUGAUACUGUUCAGCCGAACAAUAAAAAACGACGAGGACCAACGAAGAUGAAAGAUAUUGCGAGAGAUCCUAAUGCACGGAUCAAGGUGGAUUUCACAGCAUUUGGAGAACCCUGUGGAGAAGGAUCAGUUAAGCUCUCUUCGUACUUAGGUCCCUUGGUGAGGGAACAUGUUCCUGUGGUGAUAGAUGAUUGGAGAAAAAUAGGCGACGACCGGAAAACUGUUCUAUGGAAAUCUGUUCAGUUACGUUUUGAACUGGAUGGAGAGUACGAGAAAGCGGCAGUUAUGAAACAGAUGGGAUGCAUAUGGAGGGCCUCUAAAUCACGCUUGGUUAAUCAGAUUCUGAAUGCUGAAAAUCACACAGAGCGUUUGAAGUUGAGGCCAGAUAAUAUUCAACUUGCAGAGUGGAAGAAGUUUGUGAAAGAGAAGACUAGUAAAGAGUUCAGGGCUGUUAGGGAGUCGUACAAGGAAAGAAGACGUAAGCAGAUUCCUCACACAUGUAGCCGUAAAGGAAUGGUUAGAUUGGCAGAAGAUUUAAAAAAGGAUGGCACUGAAGUGACGAGACUGAAUGUGUGGGUGAAGUCACGAACUAAAAAGGAUGGCACUGCAGUAAACACAGAUGCUGCUGACAAAAUAGAAAAGGCUACUGAGUUUAUUCGGUCUGACCAUCAAGGAUCAUCAUCAUCAAACCCAAAAGAAGAUACUCUUACUCAGAUCUUGGGACCUGACAAUCCUGGACGAUUGAGGGCUAUGGGUAGAGGAAUGAGUGUGAGCAAACUGGCUUUUUUCGAAGUGAAGAACAAGUAUGUGACUGAAAUGCAACAGACACAAAAUAAGUUGAAGCAGCAGGUCGAAGAAUUGCAAGAGGCUCUUGCUAAAAUGAAUAGUCGAAGGCCAGAAUCGGAAGAGGGUGAGAAUUCAGCACCAAGAAGUGUGACGAAUAAUUGGACACCACAGCCUAAGUGUAUCCUAUAUGAUUGGUGUGACAAGGAAUGCAAAGUAGCCGAGGGUCGUUUUCUGUCAUCGGAUGAAAUGGAGUUUGUUAACAAUGUGCCAUUGGGCCCUAAUUCAGUUAAGGUGGUAGUUGAGACGGCUAUUGAAGUAGAUGCAUUUCUUUGGAGACCGGCGCCAAAAAUUUACACUAUUGGUCAGGCUGUAGGAGAAACAGUUGCGUGGCCUCAAGAUUCUCUUCUUGUUCUUGACGAGGAGAUCGAUCCAGAUCACAUUCUUGGUAAAAGCCCUGAGACAGUAGAGAAGAACAACUGCAAACUUCUACAUUGGUUAACACAGGAUGAAGAAACAGUUGCUGAAGGUCGUUGGGAGAGUCGUGAUCCCAAAGCCUUGGUGGAUGGCCUUCCUCUUGGACCAAAUGCUGUGAAAGUAUAUGUAGAUGCGGUGACGUUACCUCAGACUUUUCUUUGGAGGCCAACAGAAAAACACUCAACCCUCGGUGAUUGUUUGAAGUCGUAUGUAGCAUGGCCUCUCAGCAGAGUUUCAUUCGACAGUUUAAACUCUGAGUCACCAGCUACAGAAUCUCCUAUUACGCAGUCACAAGUACACACUCCACCGGCUCCUGCUAAUAUUUUAAAACCAGUGGCACAAACUCCUUCAAGCUCUCGGAAGAUUGUGAAAGAAGGUCAGAAGUGCAAACUGCUCGACAUUACCGGUCAGAAAGUUGUUGUUGCAGAAGGACGCUGGUCUUCAAACAACCCAGAACAGUUAGUGCAUUUUGUUCCUUUGGGAAAAAAUGCAGUUCGUGUGUGGGUUGAUGUAGUCAAGGUGGAUGAUGCCAUGGUUUGGAGGCCUACAUCUGCAAUCGAGUGUAUGGAGGAUGCUAUUGGUACCACUAUAGCAUGGCCUGAAGACAAGGUUGUCAUCGUGUGAGGAUGAAUAAGAACGUAUGGUCUUCUAUUUUCAUUGCUUUAGAACUUAUGAACUUAUGGUACUUAGUGCAAAUGACACUUGUGUUCUUACUUUUGAACUUAAUUAUGAUAUGGUAUUUCUAUUAUGAAAUUUCAGACUUUGUUUACUU